CGCUAGUGAGAACGGACGGACACGGUACACGCUGAGAACACGGAACUCUCGUCAAAUGGCACGAGAGUGGAUAGAAAAUUCUGAGCAACCCUAAGGUAUCGUUUUUCACUCCCGACUGCUGUAGGGGGUGGAUUUGGCCAGUUUCGAUUUGCUUGUGGGUGAAUGAACAACACCAGCGUAAUAUCGGUGCGAGGCCUACUACGAUUUGUUUGCGAUUGUUGGUGUGACAGUGUGGUGACCUAGGAAGGCGAAAAAACGGGCUCUGCUUGAGAUUUUCACUGUUGAACUCGACACACAGGCACGGUUUUGGUCUAAUUAUUUAGCACAGCAGCAACAACGACGACUGUGUGGUGCGUGGCCGUGCGCGAGUGUGUUGACAAGUGGUGCAAAUUAGCAUUCAAGUAGCGACAGGCGACACACACGAAAAAUCAAGAUGGAUAUCGGAGGCGCAUACGGUGGCGGUAAAGCGGGCGGUGCAUUCGAUCCCAUUGCAUUCGUACAGCGUCCAACGGUCAUACUGCGGGCCGUUUGCUGGCUGUUUGCAAUCAUCGUGUUCGGGUGUGUAUCGUCCGAGGGCUGGCGGGAGGAGGCGAACGGCAAAGAGUAUUGCAUAAUUAAUCGCGAUGGUAAUGCCUGCAACUAUGCGGUCGGCAUCGGUGUGAUCGCUUUUCUCGCCUCGAUGGGAUUCAUUGCGGGCGAGUAUUUGUUCGAGCAGAUGUCGUCGGUAAAGACGAGAAAGCACUACGUGCUGGCCGAUCUUGGCUUCUCGGCUUUCUGGUCCUUCCUGUUCUUCAUCGGCUUCUGCUAUCUUACCAACCAGUGGGGCAAAGCGGACGACCCACCGAACGGUGAGGGCGUUAACAACGUGCAAGCUUCCAUCGUGUUUUCGUUCUUCUCGAUCUUCACCUGGGCCGGCUGUGCGUACUUUGCGUUCCUGCGCUUCAAGGCCGGCGUAGAUCCAUCGUUCUCCUCGACCUACGAAUCGGAUCCGAGCGCUGCCCAGCAGUACGCCGCCUAUCCGGCUUCGAACGAUAACGACCAGUUCCAGGAGGCACCGUUCUCCGGUCAGCAGCAGCAGCAGCAACAACAGCGAGACUACUCGCAGCCUACGUACUAAAUAAGCAGACGACCAUAAUAUAUCCGCGUUGCAUCCGGAUGCGCUCGGGUGCAAGGAUUCGAACGCAAGUUCUUUUCGGUAAACAUUUUGUCAAUGUUUGCAGUUGAAAUCAACAGUAAAAAAAGUCUCUUCCUUUUGGGCACAAAUAAGACAUGUGCGAGAAGGUGAGCAGAAUCGACGGUUUGCAAACGAAGUAUUCGGUUUUUGUUAUUUAAUACGAAAAACCUCAUUUGAAGGAAGUGAAGAUCGAUGAUUAUAAUUUAACAAAUUAAAUUAUUCGAGAGUCGCAUCUCUUAACGCAACUAAGAACCAAAUUCCCCAACCCCUACAUUCACAAUAGGAUAGAACCUGUUUGGCGUUAAAGAUUUUGGUUUUUGGACAAACUAGCAUUCGGAUUCGGCUUGUGGAAAAUUGCUCGACCCAGUAAACAACCUUCCAUGAAAGGUUACGCGGAACGGGAGAAAAAGUAUAUUAAAAGUAUGUUACCAAAGAGUAUUGGAAUCACACCGAAAUACGUUGACGGGAGUGUGUGUGUGUGUAAUGAAUUAAAACAAGCUAAAUCGUGUUUGUAACUGUAGUAUGAAUGUAUAAAGGUAUACAAACUCAAUGACUGUGUACGUUGUCGGUGUAAAAUAAACGAACCGCAGCGGCGAUCAGUCAGACGGUACGGAAUAGAGCCAGUCUACAUUAUACCACCUGGAACAAUGUAAACAGUAGCGGAAAAUAUUAUUAAACAUCCUAUCAGUUGAAUUGAUUCUUUGAAAACACAGAACACAUUCCAGACUCGCUUCCUGAAACUCGCUGAUCUUCAUAAACAUCCCUUCUAACGCCCUUUGGGGGCGAAAAAAAAAGACGAGUUUUUAAACAGGAUGUUUGAACGAUUGGGAGGAAAACAUCAAACGGCAUUUAAAUAAUGAGAAGCGUUGAUUAGUAUUAUAUAGCGAUUAUUAUUUCAACCGAAGACUUAAAUAAUCCUUAGCAUAAUACGGUUUGAGUUAGUGCCACAGUUGUAACGAAAAAGAUAUUUAUUGAACUAAAAGAACUUAAAAUAAUUAAUUUAUUUAAAAAAUUGGUGAAAUCACGCGCUUAAACAAUACGAAGUGCGUUACAACUAGAUCACUAUGAUUUUUAAAGUUCUGCAAAAUAAAGCAUGAAAAAGCUUUUAGUUUGUCGAUAAAGGACAAAGAUUUUAGCUCAUGCUCAUGACACACCGUGCGAUAAUCAAAGGAAGGCGAAAUAGAAUAAAAUUUUCACCAAAGCCCCCUCCUGUUCCGGCAACUAGAAUCAGCCAUAUCGAAUCUCAACCUCUUGCCCACCUUCAUCAACAAACUUCGGUACAAUCGAUUGCUUCACAUACACACACAAACAUUUAUUGCGCUACUGCAGAAAUUGGACGUAACGGAACGAAGCGGAACAUGAAAUGUAUUAAGAAAGCAAAAAAAAAGAAACAUUGUCGAACUAUUUGUUAGAAAUGGAGUGCGUAACAAUACCAUCAUACUUUAUAUGCUUAAAGUACCGAACAUGUGGUUAAAUCUUAUGAAAGCUGUUUCAUUACGAAAGCAACAAGCAACAACCAACCAAACACUCACACAUAGUUGUACUGCAACAAUCAUACCCUAUUCUUACAUGCCGAGCUGGUAAAGUGUUGAUUUGUGAAAAAUAAAAUGCGAAAAAAAACGCAACACAAAUUGCAAUUUUGGAUUGGUGUAAGGGUGCUUCCUCUCCAGCAGCAGUAGCAGCAGGGACCCACGGCUGACAUACAUUUGGACACAGAGUUGGAGAGAAGGCAGUAUCAAAGCUCAUGGCUCAAUCCCAAUACCGCAAUCUCACACAAAACACACACACAUAACUCACACACUCGUUGCUAAAGGUAAAUAAUUAUUGAUAAUAAUAGAAGAAGAAAAAACACAAAUAACAAAACACAUUUAAAACAAAAACGAAAUCACAAAUCGGAUCCAAAACAAUGCGUGUGAGAAAAAAAGAAGAAAAGAAAGCUGUGUGUGUUCUGUAGCUGACAUAUAAAAGAGAGCGUUAAGAAAAUAUUAUUAGAACAGAAAACAAAACAAAAACGACAUGAGAAAUUACAAACAAAAAACACAUAAUUAGCUGAACGAUGAAUAGAGAACAAAAACAGCAACAAAAUCAGAUAUGAGAACGAAACACAAAAAAAUAAAUAAAACAAAAUCCUUUAAUUCCUUCCUACCCCAAUGUUUAGUUAAGUUAGCAAACCAUAAUCGGAGCCUACUUUUAAAUGCAGCUUGACAUCGGUUCGAAAUACACACACACCAUCACGUGGAAUAAGUUCAACGCAAAAACACACUGACGCAACCAAAGUAACGGAAAACAAAAGAAAAGAAAAAAACAAAACCAAUGUUAUAAAUAUACAUCGUGCACUAUUUAUAUAUGAAAUACAAGUUUCACCGAGCUGAAAGCUAUAACAAGAAGUAAACAGAGAGAAAAGAGCGAAAAAAGUGUUAAAGAAGCAAAGCAAAAAUUGAAAGUAAUACAAACAAAAGAAAAGCAAAAAUGGAAAUCCACUCUCAAACACUACGCAGAAACAUUGACAAAUACACGUACGUUACCGUUUGAACAGAGAGUAUAGAAACACAAAAGACGAUAUAAAGAUAAAUUAAAGAAAACAAAACAAAGAUCGAUAUAUUUACUUGCUGGUUGCAUUGUAGUGAGCAUUCGUUUCGUUGUUAUAAAGUGUGUGCGAAACCUAUUGUAAAUAGAAACAAUAAGGACGUCAACCAAGAAAACAAAGGAAGAAGAAGGCGAGGAAGAAGAAAAAAGUGGGAGAAGAAAAUGGUAGUAUAAAAAACAGAGCAAACACAAGAAAUUGGAUACCUAUGGGGCUAUAGCAAACUAGUACAGUCGACACACAAAACAAACGAUUACAGCGCGGGCACAUUGUGCUGUAAACGAAUUGUUUUAUUUUGCCGGAUAGAUUGUAAUAAUUUGCAAAGUUUUUUCUUGUUUUUUUAAGUUGCUGUUUUAGGGUGCUAUUUCGCUGCUGUAAGUUAUUUUAAUUAUUUAUUUUUGUGUUGAGUUAAAUGUAUUUGUAUGCGUUCAUUUUUCCAAAUAAUUCCAGCGUGACUUAAUUCUAUUUACUUUGCGCUUCGUUAGCGAUAAGAGCGGCAUAAGUGUUUGUGAAAAAUAAAACCAAACAAAUUAUGAGUUGUGUAUUACUACACUUAACUUUUAAUUGCUUUUGCAUUGUUUGUGUUAAAGAUACGUUGGUAUAAAGAAGGUACGAAUAGGAUGGGUAUGGAACAUACGUUAAUAAAUAAUAUCAAAUAACAAAAAA